AUGGCAAGCGAAGGGCCAUCUCUUUUUCCGAACAUCAAGUGCGCUGGGUCUGGUGGUCAAGGGGAUAUCAAACCCAACGGAGAUUUGAGAGCAGGGUUACGAUUUCCACCACUGUGGGAUUUCACUCAGACACAUCGUGUGCCACACGACUCGGACUGGACGCGUCGGUUUCGGUCAGGAACGUACCCCCGGAUCGAGAAAAAAGCUUGA